UAUUUAAUUAAAUAUCCAAAAAUGAGUUUGAGUUGGCUAGUAUCACCAUAACUUCAUAAAACCACAAAUGGCUAUUACAUCAAUCAUGACAAUAUUAUGCUUGGUAAAUUUAUCCUAUUAUUUUAGCUGGACCAUAAGACAGAAGAAGACUCAUCUUCUAUUUUAUUGCUAGUCAAACACCAGAAAAAAUUACUUAAGAAGAUCAUAAGAAAUUUGUCAAAGAAUAAACUAUUGAUGUAGAUAUGAGAUCUGGUAUAUUCUCUUUUGGUGGUAUAUUCUUGGCUUUAGCAACAUUAAGAGAACAACAAAUGAUUACUUCAAGAAUUACAAACAGACCUAUCUUAAAUGGAAUGAUAGUCUUAGGAGUUGGUAAUCAAUUUAUAUCUAAUUUGUAGGUUUGGUCUCAGCUGCAUUUUCUUACAACUUAUCCAAAAUCUUAUUCGAACCACUUUUUGUUUAAAGAAAUCAAGUCUUGUAAGAUUUAGCUGAAAAGUAUAAUUUUUCAAUCUUUGAUUUUGCCCUUGCUAAGAAGGAAGCAAGAUUGAAAUAAUUAAGAGCAGAACUCACAAGUGAUAGUAGUAAUGCUGCUCAUUUCUGAAAAAUUAUAUUGCAAUAUCAAU